AGGUUAGAGACGAAGAAAGGAGGCAGAGAUAGAUAGCGAGGCUAAUGGAUCAGUGACUCACUGAGUCAGAUUUUACCGAUUCAUUGCCUCCAUUGAAGCCUCUUCUCUCAGAUUCUACGCUUCACUGUCUCUUCUCCAUGUGCGUCUCUUCAGAUCUUGUUCUCCGAUUUUAAUCUUCUUCUCUCUGGUACCACCUAUAAAGCAUGGUUUACCUGAUGUAGUGUCAGGCUAAAGGGUCUUGUUUUCACUUCUGUCUGGUGGAGCUUGUGUUGGUUUAAGACGGAGGCGUUGUUGUUCUGAAGAGAUGGCAAUGGCAGUGUUUAAGGCUCCUCUUAAAGGGGAAUUUCAUGGGGCUAGAAAGAUGGAAGGGAAACAGUAUAAGCAUCAUCUUCUUCAGCAACAGUCUUCAGGGAGGAGACGUGUGUUCGUGCAAACCGAAACUGGCUGUGUUUUGGGAGUUGAGUUGGAUCGUAAUGACAAUGUUCACACUGUGAAGAAAAGGCUUCAGAUUGCGUUUAACUUUCCAACUGAGGAAAGCUCUUUGACCUUUGGGGAUAUGGUGUUGAAGAAUGACUUGAGUGCUGUGAGGAAUGAUUCACCGCUUCUCCUGAAGCGUAACUUAAUGCACAGAAGUUCGUCUACUCCGUGUCUUUCACCUACUGGGAAUGAUCUACAGAGGAAAGAUCGAAGUGGUCCUAUUGAGAUACUUAGUCACUCGCAUUGCUUUAUGUCUUUGAAGCAAACUGCGAAUGACAUUGUUAAGGCGAUGAAGAUGGGUGUUGAACCAAUCCCUGUCAAUGGUGGGCUUGGAGGGGCAUACUAUUUUAGGAAUGAAAUGGGUCAAAGCGUUGCUAUUGUCAAGCCUACGGAUGAAGAACCGUUUGCUCCUAACAAUCCUAAAGGCUUCGUAGGGAAAGCACUUGGGCAGCCUGGUUUAAAGCCUUCUGUGCGAGUUGGGGAAACUGGGUUUAGAGAAGUUGCUGCGUACCUUCUUGACUAUGAUCACUUUUCUAAUGUUCCUCCCACGGCUCUUGUGAAGAUAACACACUCUGUUUUCAAUGUCAAUGAUGGAAUGGACGGGAACAAAUCUCGUGAGAAGAAGAAGCUGGUCAGCAGCAAGAUUGCUUCGUUCCAGAAGUUUGUACCUCAUGAUUUUGAUGCCAGUGAUCACGGGACUUCAAGCUUCCCUGUCGCUUCUGUGCACCGCAUUGGGAUAUUGGACAUAAGGAUUCUCAACACAGACCGGCAUGGUGGAAACCUGUUGGUGAAGAAGCUUGAUGAUGGUGGUGUUGGGAGGUUUGGUCAAGUGGAGCUUAUUCCAAUAGAUCAUGGUCUUUGCUUGCCAGAAACACUCGAAGAUCCUUACUUCGAAUGGAUUCAUUGGCCUCAGGCUUCAAUACCUUUCUCUGAAGAAGAACUUGACUACAUACAAAGUCUUGAUCCAGUGAAAGAUUGUGAAAUGCUUCGAAGAGAGCUUCCAAUGAUUCGAGAGGCUUGUCUCAGGGUUCUAGUUCUGUGUACUGUAUUUCUCAAAGAAGCUGCUGUUUUUGGACUUUGUCUGGCAGAGAUUGGUGAGAUGAUGACUCGAGAAUUUCGUGCAGGAGAAGAAGAACCAAGUGAACUAGAAAUGUUGUGUAUCGAAGCCAAGAGAUUAACCUCUGAAAAAGACGUUUUAUCUCCCAAGUCAGAUGUAGAAGGAGAGACAGAGUUUCAGUUUGACAUAGACUACAAUGACCUAGACUUGGUUUAUGGCUCUGAGACAGGAACCAAUGAGUUCUUUGCCAAGAACUCAUUUUCAUACGGAUGUUCUUCACUUGGAGAGCUCAAAGAGAGCAUUGCGGAAGAAGAAGAAGACGACAAAGAUGAAACAAUACUUACUAUAUCUCUCUCAAAGCUUUCCACAUCAAUGAAGAACAACAAUCUAAGCAACACCAUGGGAUCUGGACACCUGAAACCUCCGAGAGACAACAAAACCGACAAAGCAUUGGUAAGUCACAAGAGCGCGAACGUGCAGCUCCCUGUUAGCGCAAACUUUGUGAAGUUAGCGGACAUGAAAGAAGUCGAAUGGGUUGUGUUCUUGGAGAGGUUUCAGGAGUUGCUUCACUCGGCUUUUGCAGAGCGCAAGACCCUGACGUUGAGGAACACACAGAGACUUGGUACAUCGUGCAAGUUUUGAGAUCAUAUGACUAUAUGAGUUCACAUAAGAGAAUACCAAAGAUUUUACUUUCACGAGUUGAGUUUUGAAGCAAUUACUUGUUAGCUACGUUAAACUAUGUUAAGAUUAGUUUACUUUUGUAGCAUCCACGAGCACUUGCAACGUGAAGAAAUGUUUUUUUGCCUGUAAAUAUUCUUUAACAUUUUUUUUCCUAACUUCCUUUUUCUUCUUUUGUUUCGAUACAUUUUGCAUCGUCUUUACAAGAAUAACAAUGGUCGCCCUACAUAA